AUGGAACGUCCUACCUCGAGCUCAGACACGGCCUCUAUCCUCUCAGGAUCAACCGUCUUCUCCAAAGAAGCCCACGUCUCAAUCUCAGACUCACCGACAAAAGCCGAAAUAGACACCUCGACGACCAACGAUUCAACGCAACAACGCAAGAGCAUGCGACAAAGAGUCCGCAACGUUGUCGCUGAUCUCGGACGUCCACCGACUACAAGAGAUGAUUUGAAGAGCGGCAAUGCGACGCAGAAGCAUGUCGAUGUUGGGCCUGCUUCCGGUACGGUUCUAAUGGGUUCUACGACUGUCUAA